AUGGAUCUAUCUUUGCUUCCCAUCGAGUGUUGGACCCUGAUAGCGGACAAUCUAUCCUCCCACGAUCUAAGCCUCCUAGCACGCGUAUCCACAUCAUUUCAUGCUGUCUUCAGCCCCCAUUUAUACCGUUACAUCGACCUCAGCAUACACAGAUUGCCCCCCAUUGUUACAGAGGAAGAUGGGGGGCAAAUCUCAUUAUGCUCGCCCAGCCUCAGCGGUCGCCAGCGCGCUUUCACUAGUUUGAUUUUGUACCACAAGCCUAAGUAUGCCUCGUGGGUCCGAUCCCUCACCCGGACUAUGUGCCUGCAGCAGAGCCGGGCUACCAGACCCUUCCCUGAAGAUGAGCUGGACAGCGUUGUCGAGUUGUUUUCGCGCUUGAAUCGUGUCCGUUCUGUCGAUAUCAACGGGGGCAGUAUGCAUUUCUACCCCCCUAAACCCAUUCCUCCUCUAUUCCCUGCCGCCCACAAUAUCCGACUAAGUGGACAAAUGCACUAUGGAUUCGCAUCUGCCAUUCUCCACGGCCAUGAGAAAACACCUCUAAAGACUCUGGCUAUCUGCAAUUUGCAUGAACGUGGCCAUACACGAUCGGGACAGAAUUACCAGGAGCCUCCCAUACGGGAAGAUCACCAGUGGGGACUUGCUGCGUGGGACGAGUCCGACGCAGAACCGAUGGAGGAAGACUGGGCGCCAGACUCAUUGCCCCAGCAAGUCCCACCAGGGCCGAUGCGGCAUCUUUUGAAUCAAGAUCUGGUGGCACGAUGUACGAGACUGGAAAGCUUGACGAUUGCUCAAGUGAGUAUUGAGACGCUACAUGCUUACGAGCUCCUGCCUCCCGGGUGGUAUUACCCUGGAUCGGAAAUACACGAGGAAUUAUCAUCCUUUAUCCAAUCAGUGCAGCCACGAUAUUUGAGGAUUCAAUAUGAUGAUGUGUCUACGUCGGUUCGAUCGGAGCUGAAGAGUCUGUGGAUGAAGAACACAUGUCGAGGUAACUGUCCAUACCACAAGCAUUUCGAUCAGAAAUUGUUGCCUGUAUUGAGGGAAGGCUGGCCAGAACUGCGGCGAUUGGAGCUGACAUACUGGCUCAUUACAGAGGCAGACAUGCUUGGCUUAGCUGUGCGCGAUCAGGCUGCACCCUUUCUGGGAGAUAGGACAGAAGUGAAGAUCAGCACGCUCCCGCGUACGUUUUACCACUACAGACUCAAUAGUUCAGACUGA